CGACGUCACAAGCAUAAACCCGUUUCCACAUAUCCAAACAAAUACUAUUUCGAAAGUGGAUAUAGUAAAGAGAAGCAAUGGGGUCGAAUGUUUUGUUGGUGGCCAGUAUCGACUUUGGGACAACUUUCUCGGGCUGGGCCUUCUCAUUUAAGCACGAGUAUGAGCGCGAUCCUCUCAAAGUCUUCGCUAAACAGUGGACUGGAGGACAUGUGUCACUUAAAGCGCCCACAUGUGCGUUGAUUCGCCCUGAUGGCCAAAGUCUUGAAGCGUUCGGUUACGAUGCGGAAGACCGGUACACUGAACUGGCUUCUGAGGAUAAACACCGUCCUUGGUACUUCUUCAAACGUUUCAAGAUGAUGUUAUUCGAUAAAAUGGAACUUCACAGAGGCACGGAAAUUGAAGACGUACUCGGAAAGAAACUUACCGCAAAGACUGUUUUCGCUCUAUGUAUACGUCAUCUAAAAGAGGAUGCCGAGAAGGUGAUGCAGCAGCGCAUCACAGGAUCUGCAAUAAAAGACGAGGAAGUAUUGUGGGUUCUCACAGUACCGGCUAUUUGGAAUGACCCUUCAAAGCAAUUCAUGCGGGAAGCGGCCGAAGAGGCUGGCAUCCUCCGAUGUGGUUUAUUGAUUGCCCUCGAGCCUGAGUCAGCGUCUAUAUAUUGUCGCCACCUACCGGCAGAAAUGUGUCGGGGGACAAGUGUGUCUGUCACUACAUUCGAACCCGGGACAAAAUACAUGGUGCUCGAUGCAGGAGGAGGAACGGUUGAUAUUACGGUGCAUGAGGUACUUUAUAACGGCGGUUUGAUUGAGCUCCACAAAGCUAGUGGGGGCGCGUGGGGCGGUAUAAAAGUCGAUGAAGCCUACGAAAAAUUCUUAGACGAAGUUACCGGAAGCAAGGAUGUCCUUAAACAAUUUAAGGAAAAGCACAUGGAAAAUUAUGUCGAUCUGAUCCGAGACUUCGAGAUUAAGAAAAGAGAUAUAUCCACGACAGGAAAGUCUAAUUUCAGACUGCCGUCAGCGUUGCUUGAUUUGGUAAAAGAAAUAACAGGAAAAACUAUUAAAGAAACGAUUGUUCAAUCUGUCUACAAGGAAUCAGUCUCUUUCAUCGGCGACAAGCUAAGGGUAGAAUCUAAAAUCGCGAUGAAGUUUUUCGACGUUUCGAUCGACAGCAUUAUUGCUCACGUGUCAUCUUUGAUCCAAAAGCCUACUGUUUCCGGUUGCAGUGUAAUUGUAAUGGUAGGUGGUUUCUCCGAGAGCACCCUUCUCCAGGAUAGAAUUCGAUCGAAGUUUUCUACUAUGGAUGUAAUUUCGCCGAACGAAGCAGGGACAGUCGUUCUCAAAGGCGCCGUCAUAUUCGGUCACAAUCCGGGCGCUAUUGCACAGCGAGUUCUCAAAAUCACGUAUGGCCAAGAAAUGACGCACGUCACUAAAGAUGAAUGUAUUCACGAUCAUCCCGAAGCAGAUCGAGAGAGGGAUGACAAUGGUCAAAUGCGAUGCUUAAACCUCGUUGAUAUACAUGCAAGGGCUGGUCAAGCAGUUACAGAGGGUCAAGAGCAGCCUGAACAGGUCUAUACGCCGGUGUACGACGACCAAACCGAACUGGAAUGUUCAAUUCUUACGAGCGAUAUCGGGAAUCCCAUAUACGCCACGGAUUGCCAGGAAAUCGGCAAGUGGUCUUUCCCAAUCACCGACACAUCACUUGGUCGAAAGAGGGAAUUUGGAGUUACCUUUAUGUUUGGAGGAACAGAGGUUGUUGUGAAAGUUGUCGACAAGGUUUCUAAGGCGGAAAGGAAAAUCCAUCUAGACUGUUUGUAAAGAGAUAGACAUGAAUACAUUCAACCAACUAGAAAUGAGUCUGAUUGGAUUGGUGAACACUAUGGUACACAUAAAUAUAUGUAUACUUAUUUUGAACAUUUACCAUAUAGAAAAGAUGCCCAAAUAGCACAAGGCUCAUUUUGCUCCAUAUGGUCCGUUAUUCAAAUAAUGAAGUUGUUUAUUAUUUAAUUAUAUGUGGAAGUUGUUUUCAUUUAUGGUUAACUAUUGUUGCAGAAUGAUGUUUGAGAACACUGAAACAAUUGACAACAUAAAGUUGUAAGAUGGAAGAAAUUAGAUAUUAUAAUCCAUGUACAUCACAACGUCGUAGAACGCUGCAUCAGCGUCAAUCGAUAAAGGCCUCAGACAAUAUCGUAUUUAGUAGCAUAUAUUUGUAACGUUCUACAGAACAUUGAAGAGUCUUGCGUGAGGAAACAAUGCCUUUAAUUUUCUGUAGAACGAUAGGUUAUAUAUUGUAUAGUGGAAGUUAUUAUUUGUGGACCAAUCAGAAUUCCUUCUUCAACAGUUUCACUGCAGUCUAUUAUUGGUCCACAAUUAAGUGCAUGUACUAAAUAAAACAUGUGUAUUUAA